AUGCCCCAUGGUGGUUUUUUCUCGGGUGACGGGAUAGUAUUCCAUCCACCGUUCCUCGGGAUCCUCGUUGCGGGCGGCAUCCUCUCGGUGUUCUCAUUGUUAUAUUUCAACCGUGUCUUUGCGUCGAUCGUCUCCUGGGGCAUCCGAACAUACACAUGGCACCAAUACGGCGUCUACAUCGACAUUAAGGCUCUCCAGAUAUCGUUGCUGGCGGGCCGUAUCUUCUUCACAGGCCUUCGAUACCACGGGAAUAACGAGACGAUCCUGGUGCAGAAUGGACACAUUACUUGGGCGUACUGGCUGCGACGGGUUCGGGAUGUCAACGUGGGGAAUCGGAAAGGAGGCCCGCAAGAAACGGAUGUCGCGGCGGAAGAGGGGUCUAUCAAGCUUCCGUGCCGGGUGAAGGUGACCCUGCGAGGCCUGGAAUGGUUUAUAUACAACCGCAGUCCCGCAUACGAUUCAAUUCUCUCCUCCCUUGCCGAUCCCGAGAUAACACCCCCCGAUACGAACCCCGGACGAGGCGGGCCGGGGACGACGGUACCUGAGGCUCCGGCUCAACUACGACGGCGGCAGUCAAAUCGGCAACCAAGCCAGGCGAGGAGCUCGUCUCCCGCACGCUUUUCGACUGGCUCCGAGCAUGGGAAGGAUGAAGUUGGCGGCCAAGCAGCCAACAACAACAAGGCGGACCUCCCUCUGUUCCUCCAGCUCCUGCCCAUCUACUUGACCUGUGACAAAGCAGCCAUAGUAAUGGGCAACGAGAAUACCAAAGCGAUCUUGAUUCUAAAAACUACGUCGUUGACGGGCGACAUCGAUGCCACCGAUACCGAGACUGUUGACCCGUAUCGCCAGUACUUUCGGUUCAAGUUCAAGAACCCCAUGGUGGAGAUGAAGGAUAAUAUGGAUUUCAGAGAGGAGCAGGCUGACAGGGCACUCCGGGACAAACAAGGAGCUCAGGGGUCGCUCACGCCCCCUAAACGAUCCUUUCUUCAUUGGCAAAAGAGGAGGUUACGUGAGGGGUUGAGAGACAUGGUUCCAUUUUGGAACAGAUCUGUUGAGUCCGUCGCACCCUCAAGCAGGGGGAUCGGGACGGCGGCUAGCCAGGCCCCUGGGUCUGGUCAGUGGCAAGGGCUGUCGCGGUAUCUGUCCGAUGAUGUGGACGACCAGAAGUCCAGGUGGGCAUCUGCCGAGUAUGGCGCUGUUCCCACAAUCUUGGAUAGCCCCGAGGCAUCGUUGACUAUCAUGUGGGAUGUGGUCGGGAAGGUUGGGCCAGAGCCAAGUCAAUUGUCGGAGAAGCCACCGGAUCAGAAACGCAAUAUCAACGGCGCCGACCCUCCAGUCUGGGCGAUCAACCUGUCGAUCCAUGGAGGCUCCAUAAACUAUGGCCCAUGGGCUGAUAGACACCGGGCAGACCUCCAGCGCAUCUUUGCGCCGAGUCUCUGCAAGGACGCCGUCCCCGCCCAGCCCUUGGCCGAGGGCGUGUAUCGGAUGCCUACACAAUUCAAGUUCUACGUGGAGCUCACCGACGCCACCACUCUCCGCGUGCCGGUGAGGGAGCCGUCAAAAAAUUGGAGGUGGAAGGGUAAAGAGCCCGCUCCGCCGAAACCGCGGAAUAACGACAGUCGCAAGGCCCGCCGAUCCAAGAAAUCAGAGCAGCCCGCCGACCUGCACCAGCGGCCAUGUGGAUGGCUCGACUUAAAAGUCCCAGCUAAUACGACUGCUUCCUACUCGAUGGAUAUGACGGCCAGCUCUUCGGGGUACACAAACACGCUCGAUGUUGAUCUACCGAGCGCGGAGGUCACCACGAGCAUCAACCACGAGCUUCUCCUGAGGUCCAAACGGCAGAAGAUAUCCUGUCAUCUCUCUACACCAUUAGGCUGGAAUGCCCUCCGCCAAUGGCGUUUCGAUAUCAACAGCGACGAACUAGAGCUUUACAUCUUGCGGGACCAUGUGUUUCUCCUGAUCGAUCUCGUGGACGACUGGACGAGCGGGCCACCGUCUGAGUACCUAGUGUUCACCCCCUUCAAAUACCACAUCAAUCUUGAAUUUCCCAACAUUCGACUUUUCUUGAAUCUUAACGACGCGAACAUCGUUAACAAUCCAACGGAUUUGGAAGACAACACAUACCUCAUUAUCUCCAGCCCACUUCUCACAUCGACUACGUGCAUUCCCAUUGACCAAUAUCGGCCGAGCGAGAACGCGAUUCCGUUUGACAUCCGCGCGGACACGGCGUCGGUUGACCUUCACCUUCCACCCUGGAACACCCUAGCACGAUUCCUCAAAUCCAAGGAGGUCGGACGGCUCGAAAAUCUCGUCGUGGACGGGGCGUAUCACUACAACGCAACGACGUCACCGGCCAACACCGACACGCUUGUGCUGAACAUCAGCGGACAGUCGCCGGUAGCCAACCUCCAUGGCUUUACAAUCCGUUACUUUCUCAUGAUCAAGGACAACUACUUUGGCGACGAUAUCCAUUUCAGGACGUUGGAGGAGUACCAAGACAUGCUGCGUCUGAAGGAGGCUAACCCGGACGCAGAGUUGACAAACAAGCCACCGCCUAAGAAGUCGAACGACUUGGAUGUCAUCCUCAGCAUAAGGGCUGACGACCCGAAAGUCUUGCUUCCAGCCAACCUGUACUCUGCCGAGCGGCACAUCCAAAUUGACACUGCGAGCCUCUGCCUCGAUUUGCGCUUCACCAACUACUACAUGGAUAUGGACCUCGUGGUGGCCCCGUUGAAUCUUUCCCUGGGCAACACCGAGGCAGGAGCCGAGACCCCAAUGAGCGCAACUUCGAGCACGCAGCUCUUUAUUGACGGGCUUAACGUUUACGGCCACCGGCUCUUUGGUCUGCCCCCAGCGGAGCCGACUUACAUGUGCAACUGGGACCUGUCGCUAGGCGCCGUGACGGGCGAGUGUACGACGGAAUUUUUGACCACGUUGUCGAGCGCGGGCCAGGUGUUUGCGUUCACAUUUGACGACGACGAGAACGCGCUGACUACUUUCUCUUCGAUCGUGGUCUACGACGUCACAUUCCUCCGCGUCUUUGUGCGUUCGGUCCGACUUUGGCUGCACGUUGAAGACGCCGCGUUUCUCUUCUCAACAGGGGCCGUUGACGUCCACUUCAAUGACUGGGCUCGGUCACACUACUCUAGGAGAGCAGAAAUCAACAUCCCGGACAUCAAGCUAUCUUGUCUCAGUGCGGAGCUAGCUACCAGGCACAAGGCGCGUCUACAACAUCAUGUCGUUGAGGCGGACGCGUUGGUGGAAACGAGCGUCAAAGUUGCCAUCAUCGGGCGCAAGGCCAACUUUUCCAAGGAGAGGAAGCUUCAGCAAGACCUCAUUCGCAAGCACGACCAACGGACACAAAGGAGCCCCUUUCUCAUCCUCCCCGAGCUCAUGGGGGGAGAGGAAGACGAUUUCGUUCCGGAUGCUGUCGACCCCCCAGCGCAGUGCGUCCCCCCAGUUCCCUUGCCAGUUCGGUCGGACACGAGAGAGACCGAUAUGUCAUCUUUCCGUUCCCAAGCGACUUCGAGUCGGUCGCGCGGCGGGUUACGGCAUGCAUCUUCUUUUCUCUCCCUCAGCAGUACAGCGCCGAGCAGUGUGGUUAUGCCUUUCCGAUCAAGCCGGUCGAAAGCGAAGGGGAAAGGGAAAGGAAAAUCCCCCGAAGAAACCGCUCAGUACAGCUCGUCCGGUGUCACGUUUGGCGCCGAUGGCCGCGGCCGAGUCACCCAUCAAGAACAGCAGCAACAUGCCCGGGAGCUUUCCCCCUCAACCCGCCACUCUGCCUUUUACAGCAUGCCCGGUGAGCAGUCAGAAUACCAGGAUGCUAGCCACAACACUGUUGCGUUCUCGAGCCAGUAUUUUGCACCAUACUUCCCGCUCGAGAAUACGAAGCCGAGUCACGGGGAAGCCAUGAUGAUGCAAAGCAUCGAGAAAGACAGCGACAACGGCUCAUCCAGCUCUGGCGGCCCCAUCCGCUUUGAGCUAGGGGAUGUUGACCCGAAUCAGUUCAACGAGGAGUUUGCCUACUCCAGCGUCAUUCUCGAACUACCCGCCGGGGUGACCGCGUUCUGUAACCCUACCUCGCUGCGGUACGUCGGCAGCUUGUUCUCGGCCCUGCAGCAAACCGACCCGGAGUAUGUGCUCGACUCUCUCCAGAUGGACUCCAUGAAGCAGAUCUUUGACGCGCAAAAGGACAACAAGAUACCAGGCCGCGUCAGCGACAUGCUAGUCAAGAUCCCACACCUGCACCUCCGCAUGCUCAACGGCCCCCCGGCAGAGGACUCCUUCUCCGCUAGCCGAGCCGCUGUUGUCGACGAGGAGCAGCAGGAUCAGUACGACGUCUCGCUGACCGAGCUGUCCUUCACGUCUCGGUCACAUGACACGUGGGAGGAUGCCUUCAAACCGCAGAGUAAAGCAACGCGCAAUUCGUUCCAUCUGAGGCUCGACUCGGCGCAGGUGUCGGCGACGGAGAGGAUACAGGGUAUGGACAACUCGCAAGCGGCCGCUCUGGUCCGGGUGGAUAGUAUUCUGGCCUCGAUGGGUAACAAAGACGUCACGUACUUUGACGCGGAGAUUGGCGGGAUUCACGGGAGCACGUCGUCGGGCAAGGUCGACUACCUCGCAUCGCUGGUGCAUCGGACGGGUCUGCUGACGUCCGAGCUGGGCCCGGUGUUUUCAGAGGCGUCGUCGCAGGAGAAGUUGGUUGUGCGAAGCCUGGUGCACCGGCUCGUGGCCGGCGAGGGUGGACGAGGUGGACGAGCAGCCCCGGACCCGUCGUUUCUGAUCCGGCCGUCGGCCAUCCUGCGCUCGGCGCGCCAGCAUCUGCGGACGUUUGACUCGUGGAAGCUGGCCAUGCGGCUGCGGCAGAUCUGGACGGUGUUGGAGCCCAGCGAGGGCGAGCAGAUCCGUAUCGACUCGUUUGCGCCCGUGUCGGCUUCGGCGGCUGAGUCGAGACGGGCUGUGGUGGCCGCCUUUGAGAAGUGGAGGAGCUGGGAUUUGAAUGAUAUCGAGGAGAGCAUGCUGCUCAACGCGGUGUUUGGGUGGUCGACUGAAGCUGAUAUGUCGAAGCCGGCGAUGGCUGCCGCUACGACUACCGCUGCAACUACAGCUACGGCUACGGCGGCGGCAGCAGCAGUCGCCCAGGACAAGCCGAUGCUAGUGGUGGUCAAAAUUAAGCAGUUCCAACUUGCGCUUAACCCGGGGCCGAAGCAGAACGAAAUCACGUUUGUGGAUCUCACGGCAAGGGUUCAGGCCACGCCAGCGAAGGAAACGAAAGGGGCUGAUGGUGAACCUAAUGGGAUAGUCGGCUCGUCGGCCGUGGUGAACGUGUCUUGCGAGGAGGCCGCUGUCGGCCUUAACUGGGAGCUGUGCGAGCUGGCGGAUAAUCUGCUAGUAUUGAUGAGGAACAUGCAGCAGACUCCGGCACCCGAUGAGUCUCCAUCCCCGGUCGCGGCAUCGCCGUCGGUCAAAAAACCGGCUGAACCCUCGAAAUUCUUUGGGCCGAACAGCACAAUCCAUUGUGUUCUCUCUCUCGGCCAUGGCUCCGUUCUCGUGGAGACUGUCAACCUCCUCGCCAUGUCCUUCAGCGAUGGCGGCCAAGCCUCGAUCCUCGUUCGGAAGGGAGCCGGCGACGACAACAACACGAUCGAUACGAACCUCAUCCUCAAGUGCGACUCGGUGAUGUCGAGUCUCCGAAGCCACCAGCAGAAACUGGGCAAGCUGACGCUGGACAAGCCCAGCGUGUUUGUCUCCCACGAGCUGCGGACUGACGCGACGACGGACUCGCACACGGUCAAAGCAGCAGCGAGCAACCAGCACAUGAGCCUCGUUGUCAAGCAGGACCCGGUCACGCUGGCUGAGGUGGUAGAUCUAGUUGUGCGAGAUGAGUUUGCGCAGCUGUAUAAGCUCAAGGACCAAUUCCUCAGCUCGCCCGAGCCGAAAAAGGAGAAAGCGCCCAAGAAGAUUGCAGAUCGACUGUCGGCGUUCCGGGUCAACGCAGCGCUAUUCAUGGACCAGUACCUCAUCAGCGUACCCCUCCUGCCCUCUCUCACGUACGCCAUCCACGGGACGGUCUCCCGCGCGGCGAUCGCGGCCAAUUUCGGGAAGGAAAUCAUCUUCGACUUUGACGUCAAGGAGAACUCGCACGAUAUGCAGGUCCGCGGAGUCAACAAUGUGUCGCGCAGCAUCUCGCUCCUCCAGAUCCCGCCGACGAACGGGCGCAUCCGGAGCCAUACGGAGUCAACGGCGUCCGGGGAACAGCACUCGGUCAGCCUGUUUACGUCGGUCGAGCUUGUGCAGUUGGACGCGUCGGCUGUGUACAGCUUGUUGUCGGCGCUGAAUAGGCCGGAGAUCUCGAGUGUGGUGGAUGAGCUGCAGCAGCAGGUGAAGGUGAUUCAGGAACAUUUGGUGGAGGUUACUGGGGAUCGUGACAGUGUAUCACCGUCGCCGAGUGCAGGGGCGGUUACUGUGUCGGCAGACGAAACCAAGUCAACAGCGACAACAGCACCGCUGGCCUACGCCGUCCACUUGACCCUCGCCGGCCUCCAGGUGUUUGGCAACAGCCCGCUCAAGUCCGACGCCGCACCUCUAGCACACAUCUCCUUCGCACUUAGCAGCGUCCAUCUGGGGCUCUCAAACCGGCUGGAGCAGCACGGACCGGUGCUGGUGUACCCGGAGUUUAACGUGAACCUGCGCCGUAUCGCGUUCGAGAUCCAACGUGGCAAAGCCGUCGACGCCAUGACGUCGUGCGGUAACCUGGCCUUUGGCGCGUUGAUAUCGGCUUCCUCGCGCGCUGGCGACGACGGCAAGGAGAAGCGGUUCUUCCACGUCAAGAGCGAUGCGUUCGAGCUGAAUCUCUCGCCUGACACCAUCUCGACUGUGGUGGAUGUUUUGGGGUACAUGGGCGACAAGAUUAAGGAUCUUGACACGUCGCGCGAGCUUGGGUAUUUGCGCAAGCUGCGGCAGUCGAAGCCCCGGAUUGCAAUACACGAUGCGGACGAGGCAGAAACGGUUGGCGGGGCCGCCGCGCGGGGAGAGCAAGAGGGAGAGGAAGAGACGGACUUUAUCGACAAUUUCUUGUCGUCUAUUACGUACAGCUUUGAGGUCUGCAAGAUCCAGAUUGCCUGGCUUGUCAACAACAGCAGCAGUAGCAGUAGUGAAACCAAAACGGGCGGCGAGCAACAAGAUCAAGAUACUGUGGCCGUUGCUAUGGACAAGGAGGACCUCGUCGUCUCACUGCAGCGUAUCGAGCUGGGCACGCGAACGCGGAACUCGGCGCGACUGGCCCUCGAGGCGUUGCAAGUGCAGAUCGUGGGCCCGUCCCGCGACAGGACGCUGCGGUCGCCCAACUCGGCGCUGCUCCCGGAGAUCAUCUUCAACGUCGCGUAUGUGUCCACGGCCGACGCCCGUCGUCUAGCGUUCCAGGCCGUGGGCAAACCGCUAGACGUGCGGCUGACCUCGGGCUUUAUUAUUCCGGCUGCGCACUUGAGCGACUCGAUCAGCUUGUCGGUCAAGAAUGUCCAGCAGGCGUCGCAGAAUUGGAAUCCUGUUGUGGCGGGUCGAGAACCACCGGAAACAACGCAGCAGAAAACAGAGGAGACCCAGGCUGAGACGACGCCUCCGCGGAAGAAUAUCCUCGGCGGAAAAAGAUUGGAGUCCCUCCUCAUUGACGCCGAUUUUGCAGGCGCCGUUGUGCAUCUCACGGGCAAAAAGGCACCAGCCGAUUUAGUCUCGGCUACCACUACCGCAAAGUCUGCCUCCUCUCGGCCGUCGGGCUCGGGACGGUCGAGACAGAACCAGCACCAGCAGCAUCAGCAAGUGGCAUCGGACGACUUAACAAUGAGCAGCACAACGCUCAAGUCGCCCGGGCUGGCGUGGAAACUGGAGUUUACCGACAACGGGAAAGAUGACCCGUCGCUGCACGCUGAGGUCAAGAUUGAUGCGUCGAGCAAUAUCUUGUAUCCGUCUGUGGUGCCGCUGGUGGUCGAUAUUAGUGAUAGCGUGAAGAAGGUGGUAAGCAGUCGGGACGACAAGGACACUCCGGGCACUGCUGGGACUGGGACUGGGACUGGGACUACUCAUGGGGCUGCUGGUACUGCUGCUACUGGGACGACUCCGCCCAAGCUGCCCGAAGAAGACAGCAUCCUCACGGCCGACCCGACGGCCGUGCUGGGCCGCAUGAAACUCAACCUGGGCCUGCGCAUCUGCAAGCAAGAGUUCUCGCUGAGCUGCCAGCCUAUUGCGCGGGUCGCGGCCACAGCCAGCUUCGAGGACGUUUACUUCACCGCCAACACGGUGCGGUCCAUGGAGCAGGGCAACUUCUUCGCUAUCUCGGGCGCCUUCACGGACCUGCAGGCUUCGGUGCAGCACGUCUACUCGCGCGAGUCGACCGGCAGCUUCAAGGUGCAGUCCAUAGUGCUCUCAUUCCUCAACAGCAAGCACCUCAGCGGCACUAGCGGCGUGUCGGCCAUUUUGAAAGUCAGCCCCAUGGAGGUGUCGGUCAACGCGAAGCAGCUACAGGACUUCCUCCUCUUCCGCGAGAUCUGGCUCCCUCGCAGUCAAUCCGCUGCUGCUGCCGACCCUUCUUCUCCGGCCGGGCCGGUCGCAGUUGCCAAACUGGUCACCGAGACCUCGCAGGGCCAUCUUGUGCAACGGUACCAGCAGGUCGCCGCGACGGCUGCCUUCCCCUGGACGGCGAGCAUCUCCAUCUCGGCGCUCAAGAUUGUGGUCGACCUCGGCCAGGCGCUGGGGCGGUCCACCUUCUCGAUCAACGACUUUUGGGUGUCGUCCAAGAAGACGUCCGACUGGGAGCAGAACCUGUGCCUCGGCUUCGGCGUCAUCAGCAUCGAGAGCGUUGGUCGCAUGAGUGGCUUCAUCACCCUAAAGAACUUCCAGCUGCGCACCGCCAUCGAAUGGCCUGAACGCGAGCAGGCCCUCAACGAGACCCCUCUGGUCCAGGCCUCUGUUGGGUUCAGCCAGUUCCGUGUUAAAGCCGCCUUUGAUUACCAGGCCUUCCUGUUCGCCGACAUCACCUCGCUGGAAUUCCUCAUGUACAACAUCCGCCGCAGCCAGGAUCAAGAUCACCAACAGGACGGCAUCGGCGAUCGCCUCGUGGCCAGUCUUGAUGGCGAGGCCGUCCAAGUCUUUGGCACCACCAGCUCGGCCGCUCAGGCUAUCGCGCUGUACCAGGCCUUCCAACGGCUGGUGCAGGAACGCAAAGCCAACUUUGAGAUCUCGCUGCGGGAGAUCGAGCGGUACAUGCAGCGCAAGUCGGUCUCGGCCCCGCCCGGCGUCAUGCAACGGCUCGGCGGCAGCGGCUCUAAGACGGCUAAUGCAGGCGGCCCGGGGGCUGCCACGGCCGCAGCUGGUACUGGUGAUGACGCCGGCAGCAGUCUACCCAUGCUCAAGUCGCCCAUCUCGCUUGACACCGACGUGGUGGUCACACUCAAGUCCCUUAAUCUGGGCGUGUUCCCCAGCACGUUUACGGACCACCAGGUGUUCAAGAUGGAGGCACUCAAUGCGCAGGCCCGGUUUGCUGCGUCGGUGCAGGACGACGGGCGGGUUCACAGCGUGCUGGGUUUGACGCUGGGACAGUUGCGGAUUGGUCUUGCCGAGGUGAGGGCGGCCCGGACGGGGGUUGCAGGUGCUAUUACUGGGGCCAGUGCUGUGGCCGCCAGUUCUGGUGCUGGUGCUACGGGGGCUGCGACUGGAACGGGCACAGAUGCUGGAGAAACAGGCCCGGAUGGUGGUGCUAGCGCUGGUGCUGGCGGUGUUGAACCGACAGUAUCAUCAUCCACAACGGCAACAACAGCAGCAACAACAACCACCACGAGCAAAAUCCCCGGCGACCUCUCCGUCGAAGACGUCGUCCAGCGCGCAACCGGUUCCCGCGGCGGGACCAUCCUCAAGGUGCCCCGCGUGGAAGCCGUCAUGCAGACCUGGCAGCGGCCCGACUCCAAGCGGAUCGAGUACAUCUUCAAGAGCGCCUUUGAGGGCAAAGUCGAGGUCGGCUGGAACUACAGCCGCAUCAGUUACAUCCGCGGCAUGUGGUCCAACCAUGCACGCACGCUGGCCCAGACCUGGGGCCGCGAGCUGCCGAAUGUCACGGCGAUUCGGGUUACGGGCGUGUUGCCGUCGUCGUCAGCAUCAUCAGCAGAGAAGGAGGACAAGGAAGAAAAGGAGAAAGACCAGACACAAACACAAACAACAACAGCAGCAACCAACAAAAUAACAGCCGAAGUCAAAGUGCCCCAGUCCAAAUACGAGUACCACCCGCUUGAGGCCGCCGUCAUCGAGACCCCGCAGCUGCGCGACAUGGGCGAGGCCACGCCGCCGCUCGAGUGGAUCGGUCUGAACCGUGACCGUCUGCCGAACCUGACGCACCAGAUCGUCAUUGUCACGCUGCUGGAGCUGGCUGGUGAAGUGGAGGAUGCGUAUUCGAGGAUUUUGGGGAGUACGUGA